UGGACAAAGUCUGUGAAAGUGAAAGAAGUCUUGUGAUGGUUGGGCGGGUCACGCGUAUUUCUGGCUUGUUGUUUUGAAGGCCUCCGGGAGGAGAGGGGGUGAAAAGCGAGUUAAAGAUGGCGGAAAGCGAAGGAGAUGAGACUGCUCGGCCCGCUCCUCCGUCACUGCUGCCCACAGCGCCCCGCGUUAACGGAUCGGGGAUGCUCGGUUCUGGUAGCCAGACCCCGACCUUGGUGACUUCGGGUCCGCGCGUGGUUCGGAUAAUAAAGUCAGAAUCUGGAUACGGAUUCAACGUCCGCGGUCAAGUGAGUGAAGGCGGCCAACUGCGGAGCAUUAACGGGGAGCUGUACGCUCCUCUCCAGCAUGUAAGCGCCGUGCUACCCGGUGGUGCGGCGGACCGGGCCGGUAUCGUGAAAGGAGACAGAAUACUAGAGGUUAACCGGGUGAGCGUGGAGGGGGCGACGCACAAGCAGGUAGUGGACCUGAUCCGGGCCGGAGAGAGGGAGCUGGUGUUGACCGUGCUCUCUGUCCCGCCACAGGAAGGGGACGGACUCGAUGCCGGAGAAGAAAGUGCUGUGCAGCCCAGUUACGACUACAGCGACAAGCAGGCCGUCCCCAUUUCAGUCCCCACAUACAAACAUGUGGAACAGCACUCCGAGAAGUUUGUGGCGUAUAACGUCUACAUGUCGGGCAGACAGAUGUGCUCGAAGCGUUACCGGGAGUUCGCAAUACUUCAUCAGAACCUGAAGAGAGAGUUUUCCAGCUACACUUUCCCGAAACUGCCUGGGAAGUGGCCCUUCUCUCUGUCUGAACAACAGCUGGACGCUCGCAGGAGAGGAUUGGAGGAAUACAUGGAGAGAGUCUGCUCAGUGCGGAUCAUAGGUGAGAGUGACAUUAUGCAAGAAUUCCUGUCUGAAUCAAACGAGAACCACAACACCAUAACAGAUGUCGAGUUACGGAUAGCGCUGCCUGAUAAAACUACAGCUUCAGUGAGAGUCCGAAAGAAUAGCACCACUGACCAGGUUUACCAGGCUCUUGUCAUGAAGGUUGGGAUGGACAGCAUGAUGGCCAGUUACUUUGCUCUCUUCGAAGUUAUUAACCACUCAUUUGUGCGCAAAUUGGCUCCUAAUGAGUUUCCGCACAAGCUGUAUGUUCAGAACUACACGUCAGCUGUCCCUGGGACGUGUCUCACGGUGCGCAAGUGGCUCUUCAGCACACAGGAAGAGGAACUGCUGCGGGACAACCCACUGGCCCUGCACUACUGCUUCCAUCAGGCACAGGAUGAUGUGAAGAAGGGAUUCAUUAAAGCAGAGGAUAAAGCGUACCAGCUCCAGAAACUAGCAGAACAGAGAAAGAUGACAACGUAUCUGAGUCUUUUGCGCUCAUGUGAGGGAUAUAACGAGUUGACUUUCCCUCACUGUGCAUGUGACUCACGGAGGAAAGGUCAUGUGAUCACGGCCAUCAGCAUGAAGCAUUUCAAACUACACGCCUGCACAGAGGACGGCACUCUUGAGAAUCAGGUGAUUGUGUUCGAAUGGUCAGAGAUGCAAAGAUGGGACACAGAUGAGGAGGGAAUGGCCUUCUGCUUUGAGUAUGUGCGGGGAGAAAAGAAACCUCGUUGGGUCAAAAUAUUCACUCCUUAUUUUAACUACAUGCACGAGUGCUUUGAGAGGAUUUUCUGUGAGCUCAAAUGGAGGAAAGAGGUUGAAGAGGAGGCCUCAGACAAAGGCAAUAAGAACUGUAGUAAUAAUGAUUACAUCUCGCCGCUGGAGCAACAGAAGGGAUGGCGCCACCUAGGGGGCGAGAUUGCCACUUCCUAAAACCCCUCUCUAGACCCCUGUGGAACAGCAUAAAUUGCGCUGGAUCAUCACACGUGAGCAGACCACCAUAAUGACCAUGUUACCACGGCAACAUCCCAGCGACACCAUAACAACCACGUUUCCACGGAGACAAAAGUGUGCCUUUCAGACGCAGAGCUUUCCAUAUGGCAACCACAGCAACGCAAAAUGCCAUUAUCAUGGCGAAGUAGAGGCUGCAGGGAUGUUUCACCCCAGAUCGAGAGCACCAAUGGGUUCUGCUGUCAUUUCAUCAAUAGAUACUUUGAACUUGCUUAAGUACAUGUAAAAUACCACAUAGGACGAGAUCGAAAGAUCUUCCACGUCAUUGGUUUAGGAGACAAGCUAUUCUUUAAGUCUACUGGCUGGAUUUUGGAGAGCAUUAGCUAAGGUAGAGCUGAAUCGGCACUGUUAUCAGGGCAGCGUAGUAACGAAUGACCACUUUGUGAUUUGGAAUGGCACCCGCUAUCACAAUUGUUUGACUAAACUAUAUAAAUGGGAGGGGGACGUCAUGCCUUAACAAAACAAAAUAAUAAUUUGUGUAGCAAGGUCACCAUACAAACGAUUAGUGUGGGAUCUCUCUAAAAUAAUAUUGUGAUGGCAUUAUUGCUUGAUUUUCCCAGUAUUGCUGACUAAAAUGAGCUCUUAUUAAUUUUAUUUCAAUUAGAUGAGGAGUAA